AUGUUUGCUCUUCUCACUGAAGAACGUGUCACAACCUCUGUCAUGUCAAAGUCUUGUGUUACCCAGGUUAGUGCUUAUGGUUAUAGUCUGAGUGAAGUGGAUCAUGUGUUCAUCAGUUCUGGUAAAGAUGUCCGUCUGCCCUGUAAUAAUGCUCUUCCUGGCUGUAAAUCAACUACAUGGAACUAUAACAGAUUCAGUUAUUCAUCAGCAGUUGAACUGUUUGCUGGAGGGAGAAAGACGACAGACACAGAGAGACAUGAGAGACUGAGUCUGGAGUCUGACUGCUCUCUGAACAUCAAGAGCGUCACAAAAGAAGAUUGUGGACUUUACUUCUGCAGACAAUAUGUGAAUGAUCAACAACAAGGAACUGAUGCUGCUGUUUAUCUGCAUGUUCUUCAUGUCUCUUCAUCUGAGAUCAGUGCAGGUCUCUCUCUGACUCUCUCCUGUCAGUUGUAUUCAUAUUCAUCAUCUGCUGGAGUCUCUUGUGGUGAUUGGAUCCGUUCUGAGCGAAUUGAUCUGUUCUGGGUGAAUCAGGCUGGUGAUAAACUGACAAACUCAGACUCCAGAUAUCAGAUAUCAGCUCCAGGCCACUGUAUCAUCUCUCUGAAGACAACAAUCCUGAAUGAAGAUGAAAUCAGAGAGUGGAGAUGUGGAGGUAAUCACAGAGAUCAAGUCCAGACCUCAACCACAAACACUGUCAAGAUCUCAG